CCGGAGCCAGCGAGCCGGAGCCGGGGCGCGAGCAGGCGGCUGCAGCCCGUGCGGAGCAGGCGAGCCAGCGAGCGGGAAGACGAGCCACCUCCUCCUCAGCCAGCUCCCCGCCGUUUGUUCCCUUUCUCGGGAGUGCGCCAAUGCCUGGGCCGACCCAAACCCUGUCCCCAAAUGGCGAGAACAACAACGACAUCAUCCAGGAUAACGGGACCAUCAUUCCUUUCCGGAAGCACACAGUGCGCGGGGAGCGUUCCUACAGUUGGGGAAUGGCAGUCAAUGUGUAUUCUACCUCAAUAACCCAAGAGACUAUGAGCAGACAUGACAUCAUUGCCUGGGUUAAUGACAUAGUAUCUUUAAACUACACAAAAGUGGAACAGCUUUGUUCAGGAGCAGCUUAUUGCCAGUUCAUGGACAUGCUCUUUCCAGGCUGCAUCAGUUUGAAGAAAGUCAAAUUUCAAGCAAAGUUGGAACAUGAGUAUAUUCACAAUUUUAAACUUCUGCAAGCAUCGUUUAAGCGAAUGAACGUUGAUAAGGUAAUUCCAGUGGAGAAGCUAGUGAAGGGCCGUUUCCAGGACAACCUGGAUUUUAUUCAGUGGUUUAAGAAAUUCUAUGAUGCUAACUACGAUGGAAAGGAGUAUGAUCCUGUGGAGGCACGACAAGGGCAAGAUGCAAUCCCACCCCCUGACCCAGGCGAACAGAUCUUCAACCUGCCCAAAAAGUCUCACCAUGCAAACUCCCCCACAGCAGGUGCAGCUAAAUCAAGUCCAGCAGCUAAACCAGGAUCCACACCUUCUCGUCCCUCAUCUGCCAAAAGGGCUUCAUCCAGUGGCUCGGCGUCCAGAUCUGACAAAGACUUAGAAACACAGGUCCUACAGCUUAAUGAGCAGGUACAUUCAUUAAAGCUUGCCCUAGAAGGUGUGGAGAAAGAGAGGGAUUUCUACUUUGGAAAACUGAGAGAGAUUGAGCUACUCUGCCAAGAGCAUGGGCAGGAAAACGAUGACCUCGUGCAGCGGCUAAUGGAAGUGCUCUACGCUUCAGAUGAGCAGGAGGGCCCCACGGAGGAGCCCGAGGCUGAGGAGCAGGCCCCUGAGCAGCAGCCCCAGCAGCAAGAAGAGUACUGAACCAACCGGCUCCGCAGCUCCACAUGCCUCAGGGUGUGGGGACUUUUCUUUUGGAGAAUUGGACGUGUGUGGCCUCAAGCUCAAUAGAAGCCAGCUGUUCCCAACCUGCUGUCAUCAACGCAUUCUUGCAUAUGCCAGCCACUGCACUUGGUUCCCGUUUCCUUUGCCAAGAUGCAUUAGCAGAUGGCCGUUCAGGUCACCUACCUGUGAAAUCAUAGGGUCACAUACCUUCAACUUCACCACUGCUGCUUGAGAUUGGUUCUGUUCUUUCCCUCAUUUCUUUCCAGAAUAACUCCUCCCCCACCAACACCACCUCCACCCCUUUCUAUCCUGGUGUGAAACAAUGGUAAUUUGAUAUAUGGUAUUUAUAUUGGCAUUUCUCAACCCAGUGUCACUAGAUGUCACAUGCAUUUGUGGUGCUUUGAUGUGUUCAAGUCUAACUUCCGAUCACAAAUUUGGUCAAAUCAUUGAUUGGAACAAAGGGAAAUAGAUACUUGAUAUGAAAGCCAUACGACAGUAGCUUGUGUUGUGGGGGGACAUAGUUUCUCCUCUACUCACAACACUAAAGGAAAACGAAUGGAUUCAGACCUAGGACUUCCGGGCCCAGCAGUGCUGACAAAGCAGCAUGUGACACAGUAUGUUAUGAGUUUUCAGACAUUCAGUCAAGAAAAACACCAUCUCAGCUUGGCCCUUGCUCCAUGAGCUCCUGCCCUACUGCCCCUUCCAAAAUUCUCAUGUUAUUUUCUUUCUCAGGGUCCUUUCUGGUGGGCAGCCACUAUCUCCAAGGUAUUUUCACCAAUAAUUUCUAGUGUAAAGGGGGUCUUGGUAGGCACAAGUCUCUUUUCAUCAUCCCUUUUCCUCCCUGUAUGGGUUUCAACCCCAAAUCCUGCCAUUCACAUGAGAGGAUUCCUACCAAAGGGUAAGUAGGGUUUGCGGCCCAUGCACCAGAGUCAUGAUUCAUGUUUUCCCACUGGCUGCAAGGCUGGAAGUGAAGCCCCAAUUUAUAGCUUAAUUCCAAGGGAGAAGCGUGGCUCUGCAGUAGACUCCUGUGACUCCCACUACCUUCUGGAAUAAGGAAUCUCCCCUCUGCAGCACAAGGGCCCUUCGUGUCACUGACAUUUGCUAAACCGUAGCAAUUAAUAAACAGAGGAAACAUCACUGAAUUUGAAGCAUUCCUUACUUUUUUAAGUAAUAUUUGCACAUUUUCUUGGUCUCUUUCCACAUCUUUGCCUCCCUGCCCCCUUUAAUAGAUGGUAUCUCUUCCUAGAUCAUCAUAUUACAUUGGACUUGGACUCCAGGUGUGCUGACACUUGUUGUCUGACUUAACAGAUUCAACCAAUACAGAUCUUCCCACCCCCCUAUCUGCCUAACUGAAAAGCUUAAAAUAAAUUUCUGAAUUAUGCAUCACAAAACUUUGAAAUUUCUUUAUUAAUUGAUGAAACACUAAUUCUAAGCUCUCACAUUGAAACCUUUUCACCAAGAGAAGUCUUUCCAAAAUAAACCUUUUUUUCGGCGAACUUGUAUUUAUUGAGUUCUAUGUGGGGAAAGAUGGCUGUGUUUUAGAAAGAGUUACAGCACACUGUGUGGGCCUGGAUGGGUGUUCCGGGGCGCUGGCUUCCCCGUCUUCUCUUUGCUCCCUCUGCUCUGCAGCAGCAGCAGCUCAUUUCUCUGAGGCUGGCAAGCCUGGCUCCUGCAGUGACGUCCUCCCACAGCACCUCCUGAACUUGUACUUAACUGGCUUUCCUUAACUAAAAAAAAAAUUCUUAUAAAGGCACAAUAAAGAGCUGCUCACAGAUAACUAUAGUGAUUCAUUGGCCAUUCUAUCUGUCCUGGAUAUCUCAAAUGCCCAGGUGGUUCAUGGCACACUCCUGUGAAUGGGUACCAGGGAAUCAGAAUCCUGCCUUCUCCAGAGCCUCUUGAUGCCAUUGGAUCAGCAUCAAGUGACCCUUGCUCGAAGCAUGCUGUUUCUUCCAUCUUCCUAGCCUUCUUAGCUGGAGACACACUGGCCACAUCUUAGGCUACAAAGAGAACUUUCUACCUGCCAUACUCCAUUCUCCUUCCCAGUGGCUUGGGCCAGACUGUUGAUUCAUUUAGAGAAGAGCUAUGCAUUCCUCUCCCUGUGUCCAUCUUAGACAUCUUCUGUGGAGCUCUAUCCCACAUGAUGUCAUGGAUGCUUUCAUGGAGUCCUUCACCACAGCUUCUGAGUCAGUCUUCUUGGGCUGUGACCACCCCCACACCUGUGUACCCCACUCUUGCACAGUGUGGGACACCAUCAUUCCCUCAUCUGGGCAUUCAGGGUGCAAAUUCCCCCACACGCCACCCCAGUCACGUGUCAUCGUGCUGGCCUCCAGCAUCCCAGGAUACGUGCCCUGCUCCUCAGGAAGCCGGUUUCUUUCUUAGUCCCUUCACACCCACUACUGGCUGGUUAGAGCACCUCCACUCUCAGAAGGGAGUGAUUGAAGCAGGGGUCACAGAGAAAGCUCAUGUCCAUUCUAAGCAGAAAAGCAGGAAAAAAAGACACAUACCCUGUUGAACUGAGAGAAGUAAACUCCAGAAGGGACCCAAGAUUUCCUCCCUUCCCUGGUGAGUAUGUCCAUUAUUCCGUUAAGGUUUAAUAUGCAUCCAGAUUACUUUUACUAAAUAGUACACCAUAAAGUUUUUGUUAUAUAUUAAAUGUAAACUGAAAGGAAUGUAAACAUAUGUAUUGUUAAUUAUAAAUAUAGAUAAGAAUUGACAUAAUAGAUGAAAAGGUCUUAUCUAAAUGUAUCACAUUCAUUUUACAUUACCCACCUAUUGUCGCAUGGUAGAAUAGUUUUUUUGUCUCUGAAUAUGUGAAUAACUUGACUUGUGUUGAUCUUUUUACAUAUUUAAUAAAAAAAUAUAUGGUAAAA